AUGGCCCUUUGUAUCCCGCGCGCCCAGUUUCCUGGGUGCUUUUGCUGGGAAGCUGAAUAUGGUGGGCAUGAUCAGAUAGAUUUAUAUGAUGAUGUCAUCUCUCCAUCUGCAAAUAAUGGGGAUGCCCCAGAAGAUCGGGAUUACAUGGAUACUCUCCCACCAACUGUUGGCGAUGAUGUGGGUAAAGGAGCAGCACCAAAUGUAGUCUAUACGUAUACUGGGAAGAGAAUUGCAUUGUAUAUUGGCAAUUUAACAUGGUGGACAACAGAUGAAGACUUAACUGAAGCAGUUCACUCUUUGGGAGUAAAUGAUAUUUUAGAGAUAAAAUUUUUUGAAAAUCGGGCAAAUGGACAGUCAAAGGGAUUUGCCCUCGUUGGUGUUGGAUCUGAAGCAUCCUCAAAAAAGUUAAUGGAUCUGUUGCCUAAAAGAGAACUACAUGGUCAGAAUCCUGUUGUAACUCCAUGCAAUAAACAGUUCCUGAGUCAAUUUGAAAUGCAGUCUAGGAAAACUACACAAUCAGGACAAAUGUCUGGGGAAGGUAAAGCUGGUCCUCCAGGAGGCAGUUCACGUGCAGCAUUUCCACAAGGUGGUAGAGGACGGGGCCGUUUUCCAGGGGCUGUUCCCGGUGGGGACAGAUUUCCUGGGCCAGCAGGACCAGGAGGGCCACCCCCACCUUUUCCAGGAAAUUUGAUCAAGCAUCUUGUUAAAGGAACUCGGCCUUUGUUCCUGGAAACUAGGAUUCCAUGGCAUAUGGGGCACAGCAUAGAGGAAAUACCCAUUUUUGGCCUAAAAGCUGGACAGACUCCACCACGUCCACCAUUAGGUCCUCCAGGACCACCGGGUCCACCAGGUCCUCCACCUCCUGGUCAGGUUCUGCCUCCUCCGCUAGCUGGGCCUCCUAAUCGAGGAGAUCGCCCUCCACCACCAGUUCUUUUUCCUGGACAACCAUUUGGGCAGCCUCCAUUGGGUCCACUUCCUCCUGGUCCUCCACCUCCAGUUCCAGGCUACGGCCCCCCUCCUGGUCCACCACCUCCACAACAAGGACCACCUCCACCUCCAGGCCCCUUUCCACCUCGCCCACCUGGCCCGCUCGGGCCACCUCUUACACUUGCUCCUCCUCCACAUCUUCCUGGACCACCACCAGGUGCCCCGCCACCAGCUCCACAUGUGAACCCAGCUUUCUUUCCUCCACCAACUAACAGCGGCAUGCCUACAUCAGAUAGCCGGGGUCCACCACCAACAGACCCAUAUGGCCGACCUCCACCAUAUGAUAGGGGUGACUAUGGGCCCCCUGGAAGGGAAAUGGAUACUGCAAGAACGCCAUUGAGUGAAGCUGAGUUUGAAGAAAUCAUGAAUAGAAAUAGGGCAAUCUCAAGCAGUGCCAUUUCAAGAGCUGUGUCUGACGCCAGUGCUGGUGAUUAUGGGAGUGCUAUUGAGACAUUGGUAACUGCAAUUUCCUUAAUUAAACAAUCCAAAGUAUCUGCUGAUGAUCGUUGCAAAGUCCUUAUUAGCUCUUUGCAAGAUUGCCUUCAUGGAAUUGAGUCCAAGUCUUAUGGUUCUGGAUCAAGACGUGAACGAUCAAGAGAGAGGGACCAUAGUAGAUCACGAGAAAAGAGUCGGCGUCAUAAAUCCCGUAGUAGAGACCGUCAUGAUGAUUACUAUAGAGAGAGAAGCAGAGAACGGGAGAGACACCGGGACCGGGACCGCGACCGGGACCGAGAGCGGGACCGAGAGAGGGAGUAUCGUCACCGUUAG